AUGACUACAACUCACCCCAUCGCCAAUGGCGCCCUCAAGCACGAAGAAGACCCCCAAGCCAUAAUCGACCAGAAAAGCCUCGAUGAAAUCAGCCACCAUAAUCAUGGGGUAGCCGAGGGCUUUUUCGAAAGGUUUUUCGGAAGGUCGCCUUUGGACAACUCAGGUAAAAAAACCAUCGACCCCCUACGACGCCAUUUCAUCUCCCGCCUACCAGAAUCCGAGGAGGAGCUCGACCUUCCUGGCACCUCGUAUCACUGCCUCUUUUUAAGUACUAUAGAGUAUACUUGGGCCAAGGUCCAAGUUAUCGGGCUCGAGCUUGAUGCUGAGUAUUAUGACCGCGACUCUGGCUUGGUACAGCUCUACAAAUACGCCCAACAAGUCUUCCGAAGUCAGCCGACACGCCUCUUUCUGCACGGGAUAUACAUUUUCGGACUGUCGAUGGAACUCUGGGUGUUUGAUCGAGUUGGAAUGUACAGUUGUCACCCCUUCAGCUUGUCAGACGAUCAAAAGCGAGCCCCACCUAUUUUCGACACCUAUUCGCGCAUGAGUGAUGCUGAGCUCGGCAUCAACCCACUACUCCAUCUCGACGAUACAGGGACAUACAUCUUGGCCAAGGCAGAGGGAGAACCGGACCAAGGGCCCUCCAAGUUCUAUCUUGAAGAUGAACCGAUCGUGUCUCCUGAUACUAUUGUGAGCCAAAGCCCCAUCUGCUACCGAGCGAGGAUCUCGACUUCAGCAAAGCCCGAGUUCGUCGUCAAACUUUCAUGGAGAUCACGAGCUCGGCGCUCUGAAGAAUCAAUGCUCCGACUUGUCAAGGAGCGCAAGGUCCGUGGCGUCAUACAGAUGUACAGUCACCAACAGGUCGAUACCAUCUCGAAUCUUCGCCGGGGCUGGACGUUUGCAGCGUUCAAAGGGGGCUCAGCCAAUGCCUCCACAACCGGAACAACUACUUUCACGAACCUGACUCUGAACUGCCUAGUUGUUUCUCCCCUUGGUCGCCCUCUUGGCCGGUUUCAUUCAACGGAGGAGUUUCUCCGAGGUUUCCGUGAUGCCGUCGGUGGGUAUCGGUCACUGCAUCUGGAUGGCAAGGUUCUUCACCGAGACAUAUCGCCGCACAAUAUCAUUCUUGCUGAGGUGAAGAGGGAAGGGGAGCCAUGGGGAGUCCUGAUUGAUCUCGAUCUAAGCAUGGAACUUGCUGUUGGUCCAGCCCGACCAGGUGAGAUCAUGGGAACCAAGGCAUUCAUGGCCAUUGAUGUGAUGAAGCGCAGACAACACAAAUACCGCCAAGAUCUCGAAUCUUUCUUGUAUGUGUUUCUGUGGGUUGCUAUCUGCGGUGGUGAUCGGAAGUUGCCCGCGGAUAGUCGGCUUCAGCGAUGGCUGGUCGGAGACUGGAGUGAAUUGGCCCAAAAGAAGAAGGAUGAUAUGGAGGAUGAGAAUUUUGCUGCGAUAGUGGCCGAGUUUACGCCCCAAUUUCGGGCUCUAGAGGGCCUGGCUUAUAGGUUGCGAGACAUUGUGUUCUCCCCAGAAGCAAAAUCCGGGUACAAGGAGGCCGAGGAGAUGUAUUCUGCCUUGAUCUCUGCAAUUGAUGAUUGCUUGAUUUUUCACAUUGAAUCACAAAGUGCAGCUCCUAGUUAUCAAAUUUGA